AUGGCCAGCUGGUUCCCUUCAGGGGUGGCUGUCCCCACCCCCUGCUCCCCACCCCCACCCCGGGGCUGUAACCCGAGCUGUCUCAGCGCCUCCCCUGGCUAUUCGUGCUCCUGCAGGUCCCACAGCCCAGGCACCCAGAGCCCCGACAGCAAGUCAGAGUCCAUAGGAGCCAUGGCCCGCGGGCCCUGCGUCUCCUGGGCGUGGUGGGGCGCCCGCGCGCCGGCCGGCGGGUUGGGGGCCCUGCUGGGCGCCCUGUGCCUGCUGCCUGUCUUGACGUUGCUGGCCCGGCUGGGGGCCCCGGCUGCCUGGCCCUCCGAGAGCGCCCCACAGGGAGAUGCCACGCCCCACCCCGCGGGGGUCCCCAUUACCCGGGGGCCGGGCCCGCUGCCCCACCAGGCACCCCGCAGACGCCGCUACACGCUGACCCCAGCCAGGUUGCGCUGGGACCACUUCAACCUCACCUACAGGAUCCUGUCCUUCCCCCGGAACCUGCUGAGCCCCAGGGAGACCCGGCAGGGCCUGGCCGCCGCCUUCCGCAUGUGGAGCGAGGUGUCCCCAUUCAGCUUCCGUGAGGUGGCCCCCGAGCAGCCCAGCGACCUCCGAAUAGGCUUCUACCCGGUCAACCACACGGACUGCCUGGUGUCCGCAUUGCACCACUGCUUCGACGGCCCCACGGGCGAGCUGGCCCACGCCUUCUUCCCCCCGCACGGCGGCAUCCACUUUGACGACAGCGAGUACUGGGUGCUGGGCCCCACGCGCUACAGCUGGAAGAAAGGAGUGUGGCUCACCGACCUGGUGCACGUGGCGGCCCACGAGAUCGGCCACGCGCUGGGCCUGAUGCACUCGCAGCACAGCCGUGCGCUCAUGCACCUCAACGCCACGCUGCGCGGCUGGAAGGCGCUGUCGCAGGACGAGCUGUGGGGGCUGCACCGGCUCUACGGCUGCCUGGACCGGCUGUUUGUGUGCUCGUCCUGGGCGCGGAGGGGCUAUUGCGACGCCCGCCGCCGGCUCAUGAAGAGGCUGUGCCCCAGCAGCUGCGACUUCUGCUAUGAGUUCCCCUUUCCCACGGUGGCCGCCACUGCGCCGCCUCCCAGGACCAAAACUCGCCUGGUGCCCGAAGGCAGGAACGUGACCUUCCGCUGCGGCCAGAAGAUCCUGCACAAGAAAGGCAAAGUGCACUGGUACAAGGACCAGGAACCGCUCGAGUUCUCCUUCCCCGGCUACCUGGCGCUGGGCGAGGCGCACCUGAGCAUCAUCGCCAACGCCAUCAACGAGGGCACCUACACGUGCGUGGUGCGCCGGCGACAGCGCGUGCUCAGCACCUUCUCCUGGCGGGUGCGCGUGCGCAGCUGAGAGCGCAGGGCCGCCCAUAAAGCGCUUUCUCUCUGA